AUGACCAGGAAACUACAGAAUCCCACUCUGGAAGAUGGCAAGAGUAGAAAACGGAUUCUGAAACCAGUUGUGGAGAAGAAAAGAAGAGAUCGAAUAAAUCAAAGUCUUGCUGAGCUGAGAAGUUUGCUGUUGAAUCAUACUUCUGAUCCACGGCUACAGAAUCCCAAAAUAGAGAAAGCGGAGAUUCUUGACUUUGCUGUGGAAUAUCUUCAAAAGUGGACGAAUGGGAAGAACCAGAGCAAUGACUCAACUAAUAGACACACAAAGACUCAUCCUCCUGUGGUAAACCUUCAUCACUCAGAGGCCAACGCUCCUGCUCUGUUCACCAUGGAGAGUGCAGGUUUUCAGCAGUGUGUGGCCCAGCUGAACAGCUACAUGCACAGAAUAACGCCGGCACAGAGAACGAGCCUGAUCGAGGGGCUGCAGCACCACACAGACAGCCAGCAGUCGAACCACACCAACCCAGACCUCAGCCAGAGAACGACUGCGAGUGAGACAGCCAAACGACCACAUGCAACGCCCGCGGAUGCUAUUUGCACAUCUGAGAGGAGAGAAGAGUCUCUUAAGUUUCCAUCUCGCUCCCCAUUUCAGCCUCAUUCUUGCUCCACACCAUGCCACGACUAUCUGUCGCCCCCUCCCUCACCCUGGUUUUCUCCCUCUUUCUCCACAUACGCCACCUCUCCUUCUUUCCCGUCAUUUGCCUCUCACUUCUCCUUCCCCUCCAGCCUGUCACCUCUGUCUUCCAACACCUCCUUCUUUAGUUUCUCGCCCACUGUCCCUCACUGCACCCCCCUCACCACACUGAGAUCCCCUCCACACCCUGCACCGAGGGAGGGGUCACCACCAAACUCUUCCUCACCCAUGUGGAGACCUUGGUUUUGA